GAGAGAAGAGAGAGAGAAAAAAAAAGUGGGAAUGAUGAGAAAUCAAGUUCGAUUGAAUUGUGGUGUAAAUCUUCCCAUCAUUGGAUUAGGCACUUUUUCUUACCAAAUUGACCCCAAAGCCAUAGAAUCAGCCGUCCAUAUGGCCAUCAAUAUGGGUUAUAGGCAUUUUGAUACAGCAACGAUUUAUGGAUCUGAGGCGGCUGUUGGGAGAGCGAUUAGUGCUGCAAUUUUGGACAAAACUGUGGCAAGAGAAGACAUCUUUCUUACAUCAAAAGUAUGGGGAAGUGACCACCAUGAUCCUGUUUCAGCAUUGAACCAAACACUAAGGAAGUUGGGAGUGGAAUACAUAGACAUGUAUUUGGUGCAUUGGCCAUUGAAACUGAAGCCAUGGGCAUGUUACCCAGUUCCCAAGGAAGGUGACUUUGAGAAAGUUUUGGAUCUUGAGAGGACUUGGGCAGGAAUGGAAAAAUGCCUAGAUUUGGGUUUGUGUAGAUGCAUUGGUUUAAGCAAUUUCUCCACCAACAAAGUUGAAUCCAUUCUAGAAUUUGCUUCCAUACCUCCUGCUGUUAAUCAGGUGGAGAUGCAUCCGAUGUGGAGGCAAAGAAAGAUUAGGGAAUUUUGUGGAGAGCAUAAAAUCCACGUAAGUGCAUAUUCUCCAUUGGGUGGGCCAGGUAAUGCAUGGGGAUCAACGGCUGUGAUUCAAAGUCCAGUCAUCCAAUCAAUCGCUCUCAAACACAAGGCAACUCCAGCUCAGGUUGCCCUACAAUGGGGAUUAUGGAAAGGAUCAAGUGUGAUAGUGAAGAGCUUUAAUGAACACCGUUUGAAAGAAAAUAUUGGCGCCCUUGAUCUCAAAUUGGACGAUGAAGAUUACUUGGAAAUUGAAAAAUUAGAAGAAAGAAAGAUUUUGAGGGGGGAAUAUUUUGUAAAUGACACAACAAGCCCAUACAAAACCAUUCAAGAUUUGUGGGAUGGUGAAAUUUGAUGUCAUUCAAAAUUAUUUGUUUCUCUUUUUCCCCUUUUUAUCACUCUUCAAAUGAAUCAUCUCUCAAUUUCAAAUCGA